UUCCUACUCCCUUCACGGGAGACAUCUUGUUGGCUUUUUGAUUAGUAGAUCAGUCUCAGGAACGCCGUGUCACACCCGUGGUGACAGGAACGGGAAGUCGGGAGCCGAGGCAUUGUCUUCCCUGAACGGAGCGGGCCGCGGGCUCCGCGGUGGCGCCGCCUGAGGGACCCGGGCGCGGGGCGGGGCCCCGCAGGGCGGAUCCCGGCCCCCGCCCUAGUCACCCGGCCAGCCCCCGGCCCGAUGGCGGCGGCGGCGCCGAGGGACCCGGCGCAGGGGCAGGUGAACUUUGAGGAUGUGUUCCUGUACUUCUCCCAGGCAGAGUGGGAACUCCUUGAUGAGGCUCAGAGGCACCUGUACCGCGAUGUGAUGCUGGAGAACUUUGCUCUUAUGGCCUCCCUGGGACACGCAUCAUCCAUGUUUCAUAGAGUUGCUUCACUGGAGCUGGGCAGUGAGCCCUGGGGACCUGACUGGGUGGACAUAAUUCCAGCCAUUGCCAGAGAGAUUCUAGGCUGUUGGCAUGGAGUACGGGAUGAGGAGGCACCUAAGCAGAGCAUUUUUACAGAGGAAGUAUCACAGACCAGGACUCCCAAGGGAGGCUUUUCUACUCAGGAGUCCCACCUCUGUGAGAUGUGUGGUCAACUCUUGAAAGAUAUUUCACACGUGGCCAAGCACCAGGACACACACCCUGGGCAGAAACCAUACAUGUGCGUGGCAUGUGGGAAACAGUUCUGGUUCACGGCAAACCUUCACCAGCACCACAAGCAGCCCAGUGAAGAGAAACCCACUAGAAGGGACAAGGGCAGUACCUUUCUUGUGAACCACUGUCCUGUCCAACCCUCAGAGAUGCUUUCUAUGACAAGGAAGAGUUGUAAAGACUCCCCAAGCAGCUCAAGCAUUUUCCCACACCAUUACCCUCACAGUGAGUGGGAUCCACAUGGUAAUACCAGGUAUGAGGAGACCAUUCCUGCUGGACAGAGGCAUUACACAUGCAGUGAAUGUGGGAAAGCCUUCAGCCGCAAAGACUCACUUGUUCAGCACCAGAGAGUCCACACUGGAGAAAGACCUUAUGCAUGUGGUGAAUGUGGGAAAACCUUCAGCCGCAAACCCAUACUUGCUCAGCAUCAGAGAAUUCACACUGGAGAAAUGCCUUAUCAAUGUGGCAUAUGUGGAAAGGUUUUCAAUCAUAGCUCUAACCUUAUUGUCCACCAGAGAGUCCACACUGGAGCGAGGCCUUACAAAUGCAGUGAAUGUGGGAAAGCCUAUAGCCACAAAUCCACACUUGUUCAGCAUGAGAGUGUACACACUGGAGAAAGGCCUUAUGAAUGCAGUGAAUGUGGAAAAUACUUUGGUCACAAGUAUAGGCUCAUUAAACAUUGGAGUGUUCACACUGGAGCAAGGCCUUAUGAAUGCAUUGCAUGUGGAAAGUUCUUCAGCCAAAGCUCCGAUCUUAUUGCUCACCAAAGGGUUCACAAUGGUGAAAAGCCAUACGUGUGCAAUGAAUGUGGAAAAGCCUUUAGUCACAAACAUGUACUUGUUCAGCACCAUAGGAUUCACACUGGGGAAAGGCCAUAUAAGUGCAGUGAGUGUGGGAAGGCCUUCAGGCAAAGGGCUUCUCUCAUCCGCCACUGGAAAGUCCACACUGGAGCAAGGCCUUAGUUUGUAGCUGCAGCCAUGUCCUGUUCAGCAUGACUGGUACUUGAGAACAGAUUAGGAAGCAGCCCUUGUGCAGAGCCCUCAGCCAGAGGUUGAGCCUCAGACAUUCAGACAUCCAUCCUGGGGAAAUCCUGAAUGCCAGCUGUGUUGGAAGCUUUCUGGGGCUUUGUUGCAUUUUCUGACCUGCCAGAACCCUUGCCAGAAUUGUAUCUCUGGCAUUGCCUCUGAGAGGAGGCACUGUUUUGGCACUUAGAGCCUUGUAUUGUGCACUCCAGUGUGUGUGAAAGCCACACCUCUGUGUCCCUCCAUGGGAUCAUGAGUAGCCCAAGGCUGUGGAGCACUCCCUCUCUCUCCUGCCCCUCCCCUGACUCGAUUAAGCCUGGAUUGGGUCAGGUUUGGGCCAGUAGGAUUCUGCUGAUUGCCAGCACAGGUUUCCCUUCUAAAUGGACAUGGUUGGUCUCAGGUGGCAUCUGUGAUGGAUUGGUCUAGCUUCUCAGACACUUAAACUGAAAUUGCCUGCCUCAUAUUGUUCUGGCUUGGCAACAGAUGUCUUAAUUUCUACAUCAUAUUUAAUCUUGGGGAUUUACUUGUGGAUUGGUCUGGGAGCAGAAUUAGAUUCCACUGGCAUGAAGGGAUGAAGACAUUUUGUGAGAGCCCUAGCUGUUGGUGUCUCGGAUGCUAGGAGGAUGGCAAAGAAUAGCCCUCAUCUAGUGUUGGCCUCACAUGUAUUGCUGCUUGCACUCUCCUAGGAAAGAAUACUGAUCUUUGCAGAUCCGAUCUUGGGAUCUAUAUGCCAAGAGUAUUUAUGUGACCAAAGUUACCCUAAGCAGUGGGAAUUUUGACAAUCUCUGUUGUGUCUGGGAGCAUCUUGAAUUGGGUCCCUGUUCUCAAAGGACAUUUCAUAUUUCUCAGCCCUUUUGCAGAGAACUUGACCCUUUGGACCUGAAAUAGGUCAUUUGGUAAACAGAUACCUCUGGUGUUUCGUGGAUGGAAAAGGUGUGAUCACAGUUGGUACAGGGAGUUAGGAGAGGGCAGCCGACUAUAGGGAUGGAAACUAUCCAUAGUAGCAGGUGUGGUGCCAUACCUGUAGUCCCAGCUACCCAGAAGGCUGAGGCAGGAGGAUCACUUGAACUCAGAUUUCAAGAUAAGCCUGGGUUGCAUGAUGGGAUCCCCAUCUCAAAAAUAAAUUGAUAGAUAGAUAAAUAAAAGUGUCUCCACAAAUGUUUCUAUCGUUUUGGCUUUAUGAGGGUUUGCAGAAAUUCUCAAGACUCCCACACCUUUGUCUCUUGUGGCUAAGGUCACUCUCAGAGAUAUCAUUCUAAAUAUUUUCUGCGACAAAUGGGGCAUAAUUAUAGUGUGCAGUCUCAUGUUUUUUUAAUUUAAUUUUAUUUUUUUAGUUGUUAAUAGAAUUUUAUUUAUAUGUGGUGCUGAGAAUUAAACCCAGUGCCUCACACAUGCUAGACAAGCCCUCUACCACUGAGCUACAACCCCAGCCCCCCAGUCUCAUAAGUUUUGAUACAUAUUUGCACCUGGGCAGCCGAAAGUUUCUUGAUUCCCUUUAUAAUUUCUCUCCCUGUCCUGUCCUCAGGCGAUCAUUGAUCUACUGUCACUGUAGGUUUGUUUGCAUUUCCUAGAUUUUAUAUAUGUGAACUAAUGCAAUAUGUCCUCUGAUGUAUCUGACUUCUUUAAUUCUGAUUAUUUGUGUUCAUCCAUGUUGUCUUGUGUGUUAGAGAUUUAUUUUUUUUCUUUUAUACUGUGAGUGUAUUCCAAUAUGGAGAAAUAUUUCCAAAGCAAGUCAUUUGGAGAGACUCACCCAGGACCCAAAUUGCAGUGUCUGACUCAUUAUUGAUUUAUAAUUUAAUUCCAUUUUAGAGGCGCAGGUUGUAACACGUGAUUGUAACACAUUCUGUAGGUGGCAAUGACUAGUCCUGGUAAAGGUGGAAGGGACUGCCUGACAGAGUAAAUACAAGGAGGUAGGGAUUUGUGUGUGUGUGUGGGUGGGGGGGGAUGGUAUUCCUAGGAUAUUGGUGACUGCAAUCUGUGCUUUGUUUUCAUUUUACAUUUUUAGUCUUUUAAAUAUGUUUUUUAGUUGUUGGUAGACCUUUAUUUUAUUUAUUUUAUAUGUGGUGCUGAGAAUCAAACCCAGUGCCUCACACAUGCCAGGCAAGUGUGCUACUGCUGAGCCCAGCCCCCUCUGCAUUUUUAGUCUUUUAAUGGUGAAUCUAAUUGAGUUUUCAGUGUGAUGCCAACCUUGCAUUUCUAGGAGAAGACCCUUUUGGUAGUGAUGUGUUAUUCUUUAUACACCGGUGGAUUUGUUUAGGUAUUGUAUCGUAUUCACAGUUGUGAGGGAUGUCGGUUCCUAACUUUCUUUAACGCCUGGGCUUGGCUUUGGUUCCAGCAUAAUGUUGGCUUUACAGAAUGAUUUGGGAGCCAGUUAAUCAUCCAAAACAGUUUGUGAAAUUGAUAUUUCUUCCUUAAGUUUUUGGUAGAAUUCACCAACGAAGCUGUCUGGGCCUGGAAUUUGUUUUGUGUGGAAGUUUUUUAACUAUAAGAUUGAUUUCUUAGUAGUUUUCUUCUCCUCCUCCUCCUCCUCUUUCUUUCUUGUCAAGAACAAGUUUUGAUGGAUUAUGUCUUGCAAGGAGUAGUUUGUUAAUUUUAUUUAAGUAGUCAAAAUGUUCAAAAUUCCCUUAUUACUAGCAGUAUCUAGAAUCUGUAGUCAUGCUACAUGUGGUCAUGUCGUGAUGCUGAUGUUGUCUGCACAGUAUGUUUUAUUUCUGAUCAGUUUUGAUAGAGAUUUAUCAAUUUUAUGAUCUUAAGGCACAUGGAUUCAUUAAUUUCUCUAUUUUCUAUUUCUUUUUUCUCUUUCAGUCUGACCCUUAUUAUUACCUUCAGCUUUUAUUAGAUUUCAUUUCUUUUUUGCUACUUUUUAAUAUGAAAGGGGUCCUUCAUUUGACACCCUUGGCUGUUUUUUUUCUAAUAUAGAUGCAUAAUGGUAGCAUUGUCCCAUAAGGACUAUUUUAUUUCUCUCCCAUGAAACUUAAUAUAUUGUUUUUAUUUUAAUUAAGUUUAAAAUCUUUUAAAAUUUCUUUGUAAAUUCCUACUUUGACAUAUGGCUCUUUUUAGAAAUGUAUUAUUUAGUUUCCAAAUAUUUCAUGUUUUUCUUUGUUUUUUUUCUGGUAAUUUAUAAUUUAAUUCCAUUUUAGAGCACAUACCGUAUGACUUGAAUCAUUUGCAUUUAUUGAAACUUUCUUUAUUGCCCAGAAUAUGACUAUCUAUCUGUAAGAUUUGCAGAUUCACCUGACAAGUCUGUGUAUUGUACUAUUGUUAGGCGAAGGGUUCUGUACGUGUCAAAGGUCAAGAAGCUAAUAAGAUUGUCUAAGUUUUCUGUAUCCUCACUGAUUUUCUGUGUUUGGGAAUUGUUUAUAUCAAUUAUUUGAAAAUAAUUGUUUCUAUAUUUGAAUGUAAAAGUAGAUUUACCUAUUUGUACAGUUCUAUCAUUUUUUUCUUCAUGUAUUUUGAUGCUGUUUUAUUUGGUGAAUAAAUAUUUCCUAUUGUUAUGUCCA